UGCCUGAAAGUUCGAACGUCUCCUACACGGAGUCAUAAGGUCUACACACAUGCCAAGAAACUACUCGGGUGCUAAACGCAAUGCAUGUUAAAGACCCGUUUUAACAAAUCCAAUCAUCCACGUAUUGACUGCAAUUGGAUUUUAAUCGAUAUUGACAUCGUUGUCAUUUUUCGCGUGGACUGGAUAUAACACAAUUUUUACUUGCCCGUACUUCGUGACCAGGACGCUUCCUUGGUGUGGGAGGGAGACAGACAGCAUGUGGUCCUCCUUCUCCGCUCCUCCUGGCCGACCGCUCCCCCUCCUCCUCCUCCUCCUCCCCUUCCUCCUCUUCCUCCGGCUGACCGGUGCCUGCCCGGAGAGCUGCUCCUGCCUGCCCGGCAACAGCAUCAUGUGCUCGGAGCGGCGCUCCAGCGUCAUGCCCGGCGCCAUCCCCGUCUCCACCCAGCACCUCUACAUCUUCGAGAACGGCGUCGGCACGCUCUCCGAGGACGACUUCGCCGGGCUGGACGCGCUCGAGCUGCUGGACCUGAGCCAGAACCAGCUGGUGGCGCUGCCCGACGGCGUCUUCGGCCAGCUCUCGUCGCUCCGCAACCUGGACCUGUCGUCCAACCAGAUCGCGCACGUCUCCGAGCACAGCUUCUCGGGCCUGGUGAAGCUGGAGCGCCUGUAUCUCUACAGCAACCGCAUCCAGAGCAUCCACCCGGCCGCCUUCGAGGGCCUGGACCAGCUGCUGGAGCUCAAGCUGCAGCUCAACGCGCUGACCGUCCUGCCCCCCGUGCGCCUGCCCCGGCUCCUGCUGCUGGACAUCAGCCACAACCGCAUCCCGCCGCCCGGCGCCGCCGACCUCCGGACGCCCAACCUGGAGUCGCUCCGCAUGGCCGACCUCGGGCUCGCCGGCCUGGACGAGGAGCUGAUGAGCUCCCUGACCAACCUCCACGUGCUGGACCUGUCCCAGAACAAGCUGACCAGCAUGCCCGCGGCGCUGCGCUCGGUCCGGGGGCUGAUCCGCCUCAGCCUGGCCUCCAACCCGCUGGGCCAGCUGGCCAAGGAGGACUUUGAGAACCUGGUGGGCCUCCAGGGCCUGGACCUCAGCAACCUCAACCUGCAGGGCUUCCCCGAGGGCUUCUUCCAGCUCUUCCCCAAGCUCAACCACCUGACGGUGGCGGGGAACCCCUUCAACUGCCUGUGCCCGCUGGCCUGGUUCCCCGGCUGGGUGCGCGGGCAGAGCGUGGAGCUGGCGCGGCGCGAGGAGACCCGCUGCCACUUCCCGCCCAGCAACUCGGGCAAGGUGCUGGCCGACCUGGAGCGCCGGGACUUCGGCUGCCCGGUCACCACCGCCGCCACCGCGCGGACGCGCCCGCCCGUGCUCAGCAGCACCCCGGCCGCCGCGCCGCUCCCGCCGACCGCCCGCGCGGGCACCACCACCACCGCCGCCGCCGCCGCGUCCGUCCACACGCCCUCGCCGCCCGACGCCCAGGGCCCCGCCGCGUCGCCCAGCACCGCCUACCGCUACCGGCCUCGCCCCGCCGACAAGGAGCUCCUGUGCCCGGCCAACAUCUGCCUGAACGGCGGCACGUGCAAGUUCAACCCGCAGGGCCAGGUGGAGUGCCUGUGCCCGCCCGACACCGCGGGCCUCUACUGCGAGAACCGCGACGAGUCGCCGUCGCACCCCUCGCCGCCCGUGGAGGCCACGGCGGGCACGGCGGCCGCCACCCCGGAGCCGGACAUCAGCUCGCGCCAAGUGACCAGCACGUCCAUCCUCCUGGACCUGAAACGCUACAUCGCGACGCGGCCGCACAUCCGUGGCAUCCGGCUCACCUACCGCAAGCUCUCCGGGCCGGACCAGCGGGCGCAGACCCUCCACAUCCCGGCCAACUUCCCCGAGUACACGCUGCGCGGCCUGCGGCCCAACUGCACCUACUCGGUGUGCGCCAGCGCCAUGGGCGAGCCGGGCGGCGCGGGCAGCUCCUGCACGGAGGCGCGGACGACGGGCGCGCCGGUGGCCUCGCCCAUGGAGCCGCGCGUGGUGGACCCCGUGGCGCCGCCGCUGGUGCUGGCGCUGGCCGGCCUGGCGCUGGUGAUGGUGGCCACGGCGGUGGUGGCGGCGCUGGUCUUCCUACGCCGGCGCCGGCGCUCCAAGGCGGCGCACGUGGAGCUGGACGGCGACGAGCCCGCGCCGCUGGAGCUGGAGGGGGUCAAGGCGUGCCUGGACAACGGGGCGCUGCCGCACAAGCAGCCCGAGAUCAUCGCCCCGUGCCCGCCGCAGCAGACGACGCCGACGACGACGACGAUGCCCAACGGCGUCCAGGAGUACGAGGCGCUCCUCAUGCAGGGCCAGGGCAACGCCAACAACAACGUGGCCAGCCUCAAACCCUCGUACUUCUGAGCCCCGGGGGGACAAGAGAGACCGCUUCAGUUCACUCACUCCUGAGCUUAGGAGGACUCUGCAGUUCAGACCUCCAGCCCACGGGGGGCGCUCUGACUUUGAACCCCGUUCUGCCCUUCCCUGGUGGGUCUGCCGCAGACAGCUAUGCUAACUGUCACGAGCAAGCAAGCAAGCAAACUUAAGCCAGCUGAAAUGUGCUUGCCAAAAACAAAACAAACACACAAACAAACAAACAAAAA